AUGGACUCAGACUCGGAUAGUCAAGACGAUGGCUUGUGGAACUUCCGGCUCGCUCGCAAAUUCAAUCGUGCUUUUGGUUCGAGCUCAGAAUCAUCAACCGCCGCCCCGCCCCUCGGUGUUCCCGACCCCUCUCUCUACAAUCCGAAAGUAAACGUUCCAAAGAAUCUAGGAGACUUCGAUCGCCUGUUUUUAUUCUGUGGAAAGCCAAUUGGCUUACCCCCGCCUGAAGUGCGCAGACUUUCGACCGGUUCCUCCUCCUCGACGACGUCUCAUCCUUUCAGCCAGUCAACGCCACCCACUUCUGGAAUUGACGACAAUGGGCUACAAGAUGAGACGGUAUCCGAUCUCAAAGUGAAAGGAGUUCGUUGGCACGACCAGAUCCCUGUACGAGCUGCCUUGAAAGAGGAACGCGCUUAUAUCAAAGCAAAAACGGACGAGUCCGACACUGCUUUUGGGGUUUCAUUCCUACUGGUAGAUUCUGAUAUCAGCGACCAAGAGACCGAUACCGAGAAUGAUGAAGCAGGGUCUGACUUCAAUCCAUCCAAGCCAUCCACUUCGCAACGUCAGGCUAUCUUUUCGCCCCACAGGCCAAUUCUCAUUCCAGCAUCUGUGAGACUUUUCGAUCCAAUUCCGCCUCCAAUACCCAAUGUAUUUCUAGAUCCAUCAAUUGUUCAGCCAGCCUUGACGCUUACAGCAAAGGAACAAAAACUUAGACUCAUCAGAAAGCUUGCUGAACAAUUCUCGGCAGAGACCAGGAUCUCCAAGGCACUGUCUCGAUUGGGGACCACUUACCCGAAGGGAAUUCAUGUCUUUGUUGACUUGUCGAAUAUCAUCAUUGGUUUCUUCAACAGGCUGAAAUUUAACCGGAACAUCCCAUUAGUAGCGCGCAUCAAGCAGCCGCCUUUUGCUUUUCACUCUUUAGCCAUCAUACUCGAAAGAGGUCGAAAAGUGGCUAGACGUGUGGUCGUCGGCUCAACAAUUAGCAGCUUAUACAACCAAACCUUCAAAAAACCAAUUCACAUUGAUGAUGCUGAAAAAUGCAACUAUGAGAUGAAUAUUCUUGAACGAGUUUCCAAGCCUCAGCAACUCACGCCGAUGAAGAAAAAGCACGGAACUGGCUCUGGCUACGUUACAUCUGGAUAUUCAAGUGCAUCAGAGUCGGCCUCCAUCCGGCUCGCCAUGCAAGAACAAGCGGUGGACGAAAUCCUGCAAAUGAAGAUCUUGGAGACUUUGGUGGAUACCGAAAGCCCCUCUACUAUUGUUCUUGCCAGUGGCGAUGCUGCUGAAGCAGAAUACUCCGGUGGUUUCCUGACAAAUGUCGAGCGGGCUCUGAGGAAGGGUUGGCAGGUGGAGGUCGUUGCUUGGUCGCAAGGCCUGAGCUACGAAUAUCGACGGAAAGAGUUUUUGAAACGCUGGGAAUCCAAAUUCAAAGUCAUCAACUUGGACGACUACGCGGAGGAAAUGUUUGCGGUUUAUACUCAGAAGUACAAGUACUCACCCGGCGUGGGUCAAUAG